CCCGCUACACAUGUUUGGAUUUCCAUAAAAACAACCAUGAAAGACCUGUAGUUUUUAAAUUUAUUAAUUUGCUUGGAGUUCAGCGCCAUGUUCGUGCUGGCUGAGCUGAAGGACACCGUGCGCAUUGCACCGGACCAGUUCCACCUCAAGCUAGUGGACGCUGUGCGCGACGAGAUCGACCGCAAGCUGGCCAACAAGGUUUUACUCAAUGUUGGACUGUGCAUUGCUCUCAAAGAUAUCGUCUCGCUGAAGGACUCGGUUAUCCUACCAGGUGAUGGAGCCUCGCACACGGAGGUGCUCUUUCGCUAUGUGGUCUUUCGGCCAAUGGUUGGUACUGUGCUCACGGGAAAGAUACGCAAUUGCAGCCGAGAAGGUGUCCAUGUGACGCUCGGCUUCUUCGACGACAUCCUCAUCCCGCACGCCGCCUUGCAACAUCCCUCCCGCUUUGACGAGGCCGAGCAGGCCUGGGUCUGGGAAUAUCCGUUGGAAGACGGGGCCAAACACGAUCUGUUCAUGGAUGUGGGCGAGCCCAUCAAGUUCCGAGUCUCGCGAGAGAUCUUCGAAGAGACAUCGCCUAUAGGGCCACCCAAGGCAGAGGCUCAGUCACAACAGGGAUCCAGCUCAUCGUCUGCAGCGGCAGCUGCAUCAGCCGCUGCUGCCGCUCAGGAGGUCAAGACACCGUACAAGAUUAUUGGUGCCAUCAAUGAGUCUGGCCUGGGCGUACUCUCCUGGUGGGACCAACAAGGCAAAGAGGAAGAGCAAGACGACGAGGAGGACGAUGAGUAUGACAAUGACGAGGAUGGCGAAGGUGCAUGUGAGGAAUGACACGGAUUUUGAUUAUUAUAUUAAAGAGCCAUGCCGGAAAACAGAGUUCUUUAGAACUGGACCCUGCCAAUUGGCAACAGAAAAAGGGUUGACGUCAAAGGAUGUAAAAAUAGCUGCUCUGUUGGACAGGAAAUGGGGGAACAAAAACACAGCAUUGCAUAAAAAGUGUCCCACAAAAAGUUUCAAUUAGUUGAGUGCAGUGUUUAGAAUCGGUGACGAGGGCCCUGCCCAGAAGGACAUCCGUUUUUCGGGGACCAGGACAGCACCCCGAGGAAUGGUAACUCCCACUGGCACAGCUACUGGUACUCCAUUUACAAUGUUAUGUUCGCCUUAUGUAUUUCUUACAGCUCGGUCUCCAGGCGGCACACUCCCGGCGGAUGUCCCUCACAGCUAUUUCGGACCACUAUCAGCCCGGAUGGGGGCCACAUCAUCACACUCGCCCAGUGACGAUUCAUCCACAUUUCGGAAUUAAACAUUAAAGCCAAUGGCAAAUGGCUUUUAGCCUCGCUCAACAAUUGUGAUUGCCCCAAUGGAACGAAAACCAUAUUAUUUUUUAAUCACUGGGAAUAAUUGUAUGAAGUAGUUACAUUCAAUUCCUAUUUAAAGUAGUAUAACUAAUAGAACAAAUAUAGCCAAAAAUAGGACUCUAAA